AUGGGAUCAUCACUCAUAGCUGCAGUGAAGAUCCAAGGAAAAAAAUGGAUUGCUUGGUAUAUCUUAAAUGCAAGGAGGAGUGGUUUUGUUCUGAGAACUGGUGCUUCUGGUUUCAAUAUUAUGAUUAUGGUUAUGGCUGGCAAUUUUCAGCUUGCUGUUAUGCUCCCUUUUAAUGGGAUAAAUAAAACGAUUGUUUUAUCGUAUCUCUAUGGUUUUCCCUUUUCUUAUGGUUAUCAAUUUUUCUGUUGGUUAGCUGUUUUGAAUAUAGCUUGGGUUAAUAUGAUUUGUCGGUUUGGGUUAUGCUGGAGUGGGUUAGUAGUUUAUUUAUAUGAGGGAUGCUUCACGGUUAUUUUGGUAUAUUGGCUCUGUAAGCGCUGUUGUAAUGUGUUGAUUUAUCUGAGAGCGACUAUAAGUGUGAUAGAGUUUUUGAAUGCGGUUUCAUUUAAUUUUCUAGAAGGUUUGCUUACACUGAGUACAUUAAUGUAUGUUGAUAAGGUCUAUGGUAUGGUUUCUUUGGUGUUGCAAAGGUUUCAGGACAUAGUGGCGAGUGAAAGGAAUGUUAUAUCCAAUAGAAGUAUCUUGAAAUUUAAUGAGGUAUCGUGGUCUCCAGGUGGCUUCAGCAUGGUAAAAGCAGGGGACUGGUGUGGUUGUCUAUUAAAGGCGAUGAAGUUUCCAUGGCUUCAGGGGGUUUUGUCUGGUUGUGUUAGAUUGGAGGAGAACUCUGCUGGAUUUAUAUAA